UCUCCGGCUUCUCUCGGAGGAGGCCGACCUCCUCGCCGCGGAUGUUCACCGGCUACCUGCGCGGUGACGCACAGGUGAUGCGCAGGUGACCCGCCGGUAAACAAGUCGAUCGUCGAGACGCUCCGGGACCAUCCGAGGAUCUCCGGACCAUUCUCGAGCUGGCCAACCCUUCGGCGAUCGGAUCGCUGCAUUAUUCAAUGGAUCGAUCUCCUUUGUCUCUCUCUCCGUGUCUCGAUCCUUACCGUUCGAACAUUAUUACAAAAUCGAGACGAAUGGAAGGUAUUAACUGCUACGCAAUUCGAGAUGACGGAGGAAUAGCGCGCCGAUUAUUUUUCUGUUUUUUUUUUCUUUUUUCUAACGCAACGGUUUCGCGAUAUACCAGAAUCGAAUUACACGGUCGAAUAAAUUGCCGGUUACCGGGUUGUUUUCUUUCUUUUCAUCUUCGAUCUCUACUCUAUCCUUCUCCUUCUCGCUCUUUUCGAUCAGCGAUUGCAUGUAUCCGCGAAAUCGGCGACGAUUAGCAUAUGCGCCGCGGUAGAGUGAAUGGAAGCCCCUACAGCGAAUAUAAUUGGCCCCGGUUUAUGGUAUCCACUAAUGGACGUCGCCCCGAAUGCAACGCGUUCCUUUCCCCCCUCCUCCAGUUUAUAUAACGCGGCGUCGAGGAACGACAGGCAUUUCGAGAACAUUCUCGAAUAAUCCACGCAGUCCACACACCGAUACUCUUUCUCUCUUUCUCGUUUUCUCCAUACACCUCUCUCUUUCUCUCACUCUCUCUCUCUCGCUCUCUCUUUCUCUCUCUUUCGCUCUGUCUAUCUCUACCUCUAGCCUUCAUCCGUACCUCUCUUUCUCCGAGAGACACGUGCUAAUCGCUUAGCCCACGUAGAGCGCCUUGGUUCGGAAACCAAGGAUCUUUCCCACAACCGAAACUCGCCACUGAUUCUCACUCCCGGAUCACUGAACCGGAGGACACCGCCUCCGCGAGGCCUCAGGUAGCUCGGACGAGGCUCGUCUUCGACUCCAAGCCGGAGGAGUCGGGAACGAGAGACAAAGGUGUAUCCGCGAAACGAGCAACAGCCUCGAAUCGACUUGGACUCGCUGCGGUAGAUCCGACGGGCCCUUCCCCGACCCCAAAGAAAAAGGGAGGCUAGAACUUGCACUGGUGUCUCUUGACAAUCACUAUCGAAAUCACUGAGGAUGAUCACUGGGCGACCUGGUCCGGCGAUCAGGUCCGCGCUACGGUCACCGCGGGUGUCGUCGCACGCGGUGGCUGCUCUGUCAGAGCCGCGGAACAGGACAGUUUGUUCGCUGAUGAUCAUUCGAGGCUGCCGAGGAGAGGCUCUCUCGUUCCUCUUCGCUCGGCGAGUCCUCCGUCUCCGGAGGCAUCGACCACUGACGCGACGCGAGGGAGUACAGGUCCUCUUUCGACGCAUGCUACUCAGAACCUCCGUUAAUGACGUGCCAUACCGCAGCCUGUGAUACACGCUACCCCAUGCAUAGAGUCAUUCGAUUCGCGUAGUAGUCAGUUUAGUCGACCGAUAGGGAUACACACGGGGCCAUCGGCGCGCCGAGAAGACGCCGACGACGCCGCUACAUUGUGACAAGCUGAUCCUACAGGACGCCACGAUACGGCGAGGAAAGAGAAGCGGAAGACAGCGCAGGAGAAUGUCGACUUGCACCGACGAGGCCGACAACGCACCCCUGCACAUGCAGGAGGCUCUGUCCCCGGUGCAGGAGGGCCCAGUGUCUCCAGCGUCCUCCUCCCUGAGCAACCAGAAUCAAAACGAGAGCGAGCAACAGGUGUUGCUGGCGACGAUGCAGCCGGUGAACGUGCUGGAUCUGCACGAGCCGGCAUCGGUGCACUCUCUUCAUCCAAAGUAUCAUCACCAUCACCGUCACCACCACCAUCACCACCAUCACCAUCAUCAGCAGCACAUCCAGGGCGACCCGGACGACGUGCAACAGCGUCCGGGCGACGACACCGACGGCAGAGUGACGCCGGUCACCGAGGCAACGGCCGGCAACGCGACGCUGGGCGUCGGCGAGCACAAGAUGAUCGAUCUCAUCUACAACGACGGUCAGAAGACCGUGAUGUACACGCACGACAAGGAGAUCAUCUACGAGAACGAGGCGGACAGAGUCCAGGUAGUGGAGUAUCCUCCACCGCCGCCGUCGCCGCCGUCGCCGUCGCCACCCUCGGCUGUCACCAGAACAGGACUCCUGCCUCCCACCUGCGUCACACCUAGAUCAGCCUCGGCGUCCACGGCGCUGCACUUGCACCACUACCCCCAGCUGCAGCUGCAACACGAGGACGACCUUCCGCCGAGUGUUCGCCACGCUGUGAACGCCACCGUGCCAAAUUGUGGAGCCGCAACCACGACCACCACUGUCCUCGUCUUCUCAGAGCUGGUUGCUGCCGAUCCUGCAGCAGGCGCCGCCGCCGCACAACAACUCACCCUCACUGCUGCUGCUGCCGCUGCUUCGCUGCGUGCUGGACGGCGAAGCCGGGGCGAGGAGGAGACGAACAGCGGCGUGGUCAACGACGACACCUCGCAGCAACAGCAACAACAGCCGAGCUACGUGUCCGGGCAACGUGAACCAGAGGAAGAAGAAGAACUCGGGGCGGAAGAGGCUGCGGCGCAGGCGGCGCAAUCGUUGCAAAGCGGUGCCGAGGGCGCCGACCCUGAAGUACACAAGAGGGUUGCUGCCGUGCAGGUGCAGGUGCAGAGUAUGGAGGGCGACUGGCGGACCUACUGCGAGCACCCGCUCUCCGUGGCGACCGCCGCGAUGCUCAAUCUGCAACAGCAACACCAAGUCUCGGCUGUCACCAGCCACGGCGACGAUCCGGCCGCUUCCUACGUCUACGAGUACUAUAAACUGCCGGAGAAGACCGCGGCCGACGUCAAACUGCCACCCACUCACGAACUAUGGUCCACGGGUGUGAUGGGCCCGAAGCUGCUGGUGCAGGAGGCGCCUGGCUCCGGUUCCGGCUCGGCGAAUCGCAUGGAAGGCGGCGAAGGCGCCGGGGGAGGGGAGCUACACCACUUCCUCCAUCAGUACAACCAGCAGUCCCACAGUCCGGGCCAGAGCCUGCAAGGCGGCCUUCCGCUUCCGCUUAGCCCGCAGUCCCUCAGACACGACGGGUCCUCGAGCGCGGGCAUCACCGGCGUCAAAAGGGAACCCGAGGACCUCAGCUCCUCCAGAGGGGCGCAGCAGUCCAGCAAGAGGCACAAACAGGCCCAGCCGGACAGUCCCACGCCACCAGGGAUGUACCAUCAUCAUCAGCAUCAGCUGCAGGUGCAACAGUACGGAAGCCCCUACGACCCUUACAGCUCGUGCAGCCCCCGAUUGCAGUCCACGGCGUACACGUCGACCUCGGCGACGGGCGCAGCGAACGCUGGGAACCCGACCGGUCUUCACCAGGACGCGACAGCGGUCUACGUCACCGGGGACGCUCUGCCGCCGUUGGCGUCCUCGAGCUCGUCCUCGUUGUCGACCACGACCGCUUCGUACACGAGGUACGAGGUUGUGCCAAGCUCUUACGCGACGACACACGCGAUACGCUCGUCCUCGAGCAGCAGCAAAGUCCUGACCGUUGAUCUUCCCAGCCCCGACUCCGGCAUCGGCGCCGACGCGGUCACACCCAGGCAAGAUCAUCAUCCACCCACGGCGCUGCAUCAGUCAUCCUUCGACUACACGGAGUUGUGUCCCGGUGGAACGGCGACUGGAGCCGCGGUGGUCCUCGAAAGUGGCGCGGUGAUACACCAUCAGCCGCUGCAACUGCAACUACAACAGAGCCAUGCCCAAGCGCAGGUGCAACGCGGAGCUUUGGUGUCCUCGGCUGCAACGAACCCGAACCCCAACCCGAAUCCUCCGAGGUCGCGACCUUGGCACGAUUUCGGGAGGCAGAACGACGCGGACAAAAUCCAGAUACCAAAAAUAUUCUCCGCCUAUGGGUUCAAGUAUCACCUGGAGUCGCCAAUUAGCACGUCGCAGCGCCGCGAGGACGACAGAAUCACGUACAUCAACAAGGGACAAUUCUACGGGAUCACGCUGGAUUACGUCCCCGACCCGGACAAGCCGACCCUGAAGGCUGGACAGACCGUCAAGAGCGUGGUAAUGCUGAUGUUCCGAGAAGAGAAGAGCCCCGAAGACGAAAUUAAGGCGUGGCAGUUCUGGCACGGAAGGCAACAUUCUGUCAAGCAGCGUAUUCUCGACGCCGACACGAAGAACAGCGUGGGACUGGUGGGCUGCAUAGAGGAAAUCGCGCACAAUGCGAUUGCCGUUUAUUGGAACCCACUCGAAUCCUCGGCGAAGAUAAACGUGGCGGUGCAGUGCCUCAGCACCGAUUUCUCCAGUCAGAAGGGAGUGAAGGGCCUGCCCUUGCACAUUCAGGUAGACACGUACGAAGAACCGCCGUCGCACGCUCAUUCGUACACGCCACCGUCGCAUCGCGGCUACUGUCAGAUCAAAGUCUUCUGCGACAAGGGAGCCGAAAGAAAGACCCGUGACGAAGAGAGGAGAGCAGCAAAAAGGAAGAUGACGGCGACCGGCAGGAAAAAGCUUGACGAGUUGUACCAUUCCGUCACGGAACGCAGCGAAUUCUACUCGAUGGUGGAUCUCCACAAACCACCUGUCCUGUUCUCGCCGCCUGCUGAGCACAACAUCGAAAAGUUCUCGACGAUGGAGUUGUCGGGCUUCUACGGAGGUGGCGGCGGAGGCGGUGGCGAUACGGACACCUCGUCCCUGAGUAAUGGCGAGGGCGGAGGAUUGAAGGCCGGUGGCAGCAGCCCUUACCCUGCCUGCGGCAGACCGAGCCUGCCGGCCCUCAAGUUCCACAACCACUUCCCGCCCGACAAUCUGACUAGCCUGCACGACAAGAAGGACUCGUUGCUGAUGCAGGUUCAGGAGCUGCAGGGCUCGGUGCUGCAGGGCGUGCAACAGGCUGGCCUCACGGGCACCGUGGUCUCCGGCGUCGGGAACAGGCUCCAUCUGCAACAACAACCGCCCCAUCUUCGACCCGCGGACGCCGAAGAAAGGGUGAUGCUCUACGUUCGCCAGGAGUCCGAGGACGUCUACACGCCUCUGCACGUCACGCCGCCGACAGUACAGGGACUUUUGAACGCUAUUGAGUCAAAGUACAAAAUUGCAUCCUCGAGUAUUAAUAACCUCUAUCGCAAAAACACAAAGGGAAUUACAGCGAAAAUUGACGACGACAUGAUCCGAUAUUACGUGGACGAGGACCUGUUCCUGCUGGAGGUCAGCCAUUCCCGAGUGAACCCGGACCCGACCAACGAGCGCAACCCGAAUCCCGGGUCGCCGGGUGACCCCGGCGAUCCUGGCGACCCGCCGUCAGCCCCGGGCUACGACGUCACCCUGAUCGAGCUACCUUCGUCCCCGGCUCACAUAGCCCACUCACCUCUAACGAAUUCGGCGCACGGGCACGCGCACGUUCACGAUACCGGCAACACGUGAAAGAAACGCGGCGGGAGAGCACGCGCGCGCCAGCUAUGUAACGCUAGCUCGCGCGUGUAACUCGGUGUAAAUAAGUCUGAGAGGGACAGAGAGCAGCAACAGUCGGCGUGUUCGAAGAAUCGCCGACACGGUGCAAUGUGAACAGAGAGCUUUUCAGGGACCUGGAUCGAGUGAUCGCUCGUCAGUGCUCGGUUCCGAAGGAAUCGCCGAUCCUGAAUCGUUUCGCUGAAACGGACCAAGAGCGACACGAACCGGAGGGCCAAGAAGAAUCCGUACUGCUGACGAAGGAAGAGAAGAAGAUGACGACGAUGCGGAAGAAGAAGAAGAAGAAGAAGAAGAAGAAGAAGAAGAAGAUGAAGAGACGGGAUAAGCUGCUCUUCCGGGGCCUACCGAAGGGACUGAUGUUACGGCUUAAAAAGUCAGAUGAUUGUUAGUUGAUAGUGGUCGCCCGGGCCUGUACUUAGCUCGUCUUAGAGUCCGCGGACAUGGGAGCCAAUCCUUAAAUAGAUUGUUUGUUAUUAUUGUUCCCGAGAAUAUUGAACUCGAAAUUUGUAAAUUUUAUCGCAGCUCGCACGUUCGCGAGACUACUACGACGACCUUAUUACGCCAUCCAAGGUGGCGGAGCUUGCGCUCUCCAGCCGAGGCGACACGUUAUGUUCUAUAUUGUUUGUUUUCACUUGUGAACAAUUUAUAUCGAUGGUUGUUAGCUUAGGAAGAAAGAGAAUGAAGAGAGGGAAAGAAGAGAGAUAGAGAGAGAGAGAGAGAGAGAGAGAGAGACGGCGUCGUCGUUGACACGCGAUGGCUAUAUUGUAAAUCAAUCAAAAUUGAUUUAAGGAACCCCACCCCACCCCCCCGACCCCUCGCCCUUUACCACGUUACGCGUUAAGUAAACGUACAACGUGUAAAAUUGUAUAUGAAGAGAUCGCCGCUCUAUUAUUAUUGUAUCGUCGCUAUAGAGUUUAAAUUCUUGUUUACGCGUUCAGCAUGGGAGUAAAAGCGUUUUUAGUUUGUGCCGUGACUCGCGCGCGCGCGCAGAACUGUUUUGUAGUAAGCGUUCUCUCGAAUUCUCUGCCGCCAUUACGAGAUAGACCGGUGCCAUCGAGCAUUAUUCGUAGCGUUAACGCUCGCACACGUACACAAACACACACACACGCGCGCUCGCGCGCACGCGCAUACACAGAGACACGUACAUAUUAGGUAUACCAAGCAAAGCAAGUCCGCAUACAGUGUCAUAUAUAUGUCGUCCUCAGGAUUUCAGGAGCGAUCGCUCCGAACCGUUCCGGACCCGUCCGCGGAAUCUCCAUUUCGAAUUGUCCGCCUAAUUUAUACCACUGGCCGAGGACAUCGCGCACUUGCCGUUAGUAGAGUAACUUCGCUAUCAUUCCACAUCCUGUAGCGUCCCAGCAUCCUUUGAUAUUAUACAAAGACACCAAGUAUUACUCUCAGAUACGUAAUUACCACGAACGAAUAACGAAAUUACGCAGGACCGUUCCGACGACCGGGCGCGAAACGCGAAAAUCACCGACGGAAGUCGAUCGUCGACGACUAGGUCUUUAGGUUUAGGUAGCUACGCCAUAUUGGUACCCGUAGUCGACCUUGAACUACGAACCCAUCGCGGGUCAGUGCUUCCGCAAAAUGUGAAAUUUAAUUUGUCCGUUCCCGUUAAGUCGCGCCGAGAGCUGAAGCUUUAGUAAACGUAUUUGUUUAAAUUAUAAAUUUCGAAUAUAUAUAAAUAUAUAUAUACAUAUACAUACAUACCUUGUACAUAUAUGUGGAUAAAGUUCGUGACUUGGGCCCUUUGGGGACGAAACAGGAAUGUUCGGAGUUUCAUGUGUGUAAGGACGGUACUUGAAAAUAUUAAAGUUUGGUCAAUUUAACCUUCGAAGUCGAAUGGAAACUGUUUUAUUCUUUUCGUCGAAGGCAGCCAUCGAGAGCUCCAGAGGGUUCAAACUUUCAAAACGAGCUACGCGAGUCCCGGGUUUAUCUUGAUUAUGGCAGAAACCGAAUUGUCCGAUGUCGCGGAAGUAACGGCGAGGUAGAAAAAUGAGAGACCCCACUACGAUCGUAUUGUUUUGUUUCUCUCGUAAAACGAAGCAGGAUUUAACGUGCCACACUAGCGAAAGCGAGCGAUUUGCCACUCUCGUCGCGUAAUUUUUUAAUAAGUUACGCUCACAUGCCCCCGCAUACGUACACGUACAUACAUACACACGCGCGUAGAGACACAGAGACCAUACACCAUCCAUCAUCGAUCAUAAAGUACGGUAGUUAAUCGCGUUUAGGAUCGGACUAGAGAACAUCACGAUCACGACACUCGUUUUUAUCUUUCACGACGCAUGAUUAUAUAGAAAUAAAAAUAUAUGGAUCUAUAUGUUAUGUAUACAUAAAACACGAACGCACGUCGCGCCGCGAAUACACCGAUAUCAAAGCAAGGAUCAAAAUACGCUUGUAAAAUGCAUAUUAUGAGUACUAUAUUUUGUUACAUCUAUUGCAAGACAGCAUAUAGUUUGAUAUUAUUAAUAUUAUUGAUUCUAUUGAUUAGAUCUACGUAAUUACGUAUAUAUAUAAUAGUUAUUAUUAUUAUUAUUAUUAUUAUUAUUAUAAAUAUUAUUAUUAUUAUUAUUAUUAUUAUUUUUAUACAAGGGAUGCGUGUCUUCGUGGUGCGAGAAUGCGAGAGUAAGAGAGGACGAAGUGAGGAAGAAAGAAUGACAGAAUGAAUGAAAAAUAAAAGCGUGUCAGAGAGAGAGAGAUAAAUAGAGAGAGAGAGAGAGAGAGAGAGAGAGAGAGAGAGAGAAUCGAAAAAGCGGAGAGAUUGAUUACAGUUUACGAAGAUUGUUAGCGUUGCUCCAUGACAUUUUUUUCCGUAAUUAAUAGCCCUACCCCGCCCCGAAACGCCCAAAUAUUCGUCAGCCGCCAUAGCAACGCGCAGAAAACUCGCGUUCGGCUCGCGAACAAUUCUUAUUGCUAUCGUAUUGAGCCCUUAUUAUCCUUACGUUUAUUAAUAUUAUUAAUUAAUGAUACAUUAUGGCGGACAGCCGCGUUACGAUCAAGAGAAGAUCGGAGCUGCGCGACGACACCGGUGAACACUUACCGAACUCGACGGGAACGGGUUAGGCGAGAGAGAAACGAAGACGCUGUAACUCGUGUUCUUUCUCUUUCGUUCGUCGGAUCGUUCGAUCUCGUGUUACAUAGAUCGAUGAACCGUCACCGAGAGUUCGCGUAUCGCGAUCCCAGAAAGGAUCUUCCCGUGAUCGUACCGCGACCGUCGACCGAUAUCGUACUUAAACGUGAACGACGAUGCGGAACGUAGCCCACACAGGCUUCCUCGAACUUCACAUUUCGUUGGGAAUGCCGGCCGUAUGUUAGCGGAGGUGCACUGUGCAAAACAGAUUCAGAACACGGUGUACGAUGUUUUGUUAGAGAAGCCAUCGAGCCCGAGUAGAUGUUGCGGAAAAAAAAACAGAUAAGUGAUGUGAGAAUACCGAAUAUAUGUACCGUUUUCGCGUUGUCUUGCCAUCGUGAGAUUGUGCCAGAGGUGAUAUUAUAUUACGCUGUUUAUUGCAAACAAUAAAUAUUAUAUUAGUACGUUUUAUAAA